GAAUAUCGAUGAAUAUCGGGCAUUUCUACCGCAUCCAUGUGUGUAAAUUUGAUUCACCUGUUUAUUGUUAAAAACACGUCAAUUUAAGAUUAAAAUUUAGAUAUGAAGCCAAAAAAGAAGUUGGGAGUUGGCUUAAGCCGCGAGGAACGGAGUUUGAUCGUCAUUGGUGAAAUUAUACAGGAGCUUCUGAAAGCACAUGAGGACAAGAAAGAUGUUAAUCUAAAUCGUCUUAAAGCACGCAUAUCAUCGAAGUAUGGAUUGGAAAGUUCACCACGUUUGGUAGACAUCAUUGCAGCUGUUCCUCAAGAUGCUAAAAAGAUAUUGCUGCCUAAACUGCGUGCUAAGCCCAUACGCACUGCUAGUGGCAUCGCCGUAGUCGCAGUCAUGUGCAAGCCCCAUCGUUGUCCACACAUCAACAUGACCGGAAACAUAUGCGUGUACUGUCCUGGUGGGCCGGACAGUGAUUUCGAGUACUCCACGCAAUCAUAUACAGGUUAUGAACCGACAUCUAUGCGCGCUAUACGUGCGCGUUACAAUCCCUAUCUGCAAACACGACACCGCGUUGAACAGCUCAAGCAGUUGGGACACUCGGUGGAUAAAGUAGAAUUCAUCGUGAUGGGUGGCACAUUUAUGAGUUUGGAUGAGAAGUAUCGAAACGACUUUAUCAUGAAGCUGCAUGAUGCACUAAGUGGGCAUACAAGCCGUGACAUCAAGGAAGCUAUACGUUAUUCGGAAAUUUCACAUACUAAAUGCAUUGGAAUCACCAUUGAAACACGGCCGGAUUAUUGUCUCAAGCGGCAUAUCACAGACAUGUUGAAUUACGGUUGUACGCGUUUGGAAAUUGGCGUACAAUCGGUGUAUGAAGAUGUUGCACGCGAUACUAAUCGCGGUCAUACUGUGAAAGCAGUGUGUGAAAGCUUUCAAUUGGGCAAGGAUUCGGGUUACAAAAUUGUGGCGCAUAUGAUGCCCGACUUGCCGAAUGUGGAUUUCGAACGUGAUUUGGAACAGUUUAUUGAAUACUUUGAAAAUCCAGCUUUCCGCUCGGAUGGCUUGAAAAUCUAUCCAACGCUUGUUAUACGCGGAACUGGCCUCUAUGAACUGUGGAAAACUGGACGCUACAAGUCUUAUCCACCAUCGAUGCUGGUCGAUUUGGUGGCAAAAAUAUUGGCACUCGUGCCACCAUGGACGCGUGUCUAUCGUGUGCAGCGCGAUAUACCAAUGCCGCUAGUGAGCUCUGGCGUGGAACACGGCAAUCUACGCGAGCUUGCCUUAGCUCGUAUGAAAGAUUGGGGUACGGAUUGUCGUGAUGUGCGUACACGAGAAGUUGGCAUUCAAGAAAUACACAAUAAAGUGCGCCCUUAUGAAAUCGAACUCAUACGACGCGACUACUUUGCCAACGGUGGUUGGGAGACGUUCCUCUCCUACGAAGAUCCAGAGCAGGAUAUACUGGUGGGACUGUUGCGUUUGCGUAAAUGCUCGCCAGAUACGUUCCAAAGCGAGCUGACUAAGGUUGGACAAUGUUCGAUUGUACGCGAAUUGCAUGUUUAUGGAUCGGUAGUGCCGGUCAAUGCAAGAGAUCCAACCAAGUUUCAGCAUCAGGGUUUCGGAAUGUUGCUAAUGGAAGAGGCAGCUCGUAUUGCACGCGAGGAGCAUGGCAGCGUAAAAUUGGCAGUUAUUUCUGGCGUGGGCACACGUGCCUACUACCGUAAACUAGGCUACGAAUUAGAUGGCCCAUACAUGUCUAAAAUGCUUAUAGACGUUAAAUAAAUCCAAACAGGUUUUUAAAAAGAAAUUCGUUUCGCCGAGGAAAGCUCCAUAUGUUGCAAUUCAUAAAAUUUAACACAACUUGUAAUAAAGCGUACGCAAAUAACCAA